UUGACGCCAGCUCGAUGCCAGUUUACCGUUCAGCCAUGGCGCCAGCUCAGCUGCCGCGGAGACUCUUCUCCUUCAUCUUUUUCUUCUUCUUCCGGAAGCCCCUGCAGACGCAGGCACGCUUGUCGUCAGCCCACCUGAAGUGUUUGCUUGCCUGCUGGCUGGCGGUGUUGGUGGGCAGCUGGGUGGUCUACGUGGAGUACUCGUCCUACUCGGAGCUGUGCCGAGGACGCCAGUGCACCGCGGCCAUGUGUGCCAAAUACAGAAAAGGCCUGGUGGACGGCUCCGCCUGCGGCAGCUUGUGUGACAAGGACACGUUGGAGCUGGACAAGUGUCUCAGCACGCACGCCGCCAAACAGGUCUACUCGGGCAUGUGGGGCGACCUGGAAGGCGUGGUCAGGUGUCGGAUGGACGAGACCCCUGCUUACGACGUGGGGAGCCAGGGGAAGGAGGCCGUCGCCCUCUUCGAGACCCCGCCCACGGGGACUUCGGUGGAGAAGUUCAAGGAGAUGAUCCUUGACCACCUCAAGGCCAAAGUGGACGAGGAGCAGGCCAACCUGGGCGAGCUGACCGCCCGCGCCCUGGCGGCGGCCGACGCCGACAAAGACGGUCGCAUUUCCCUGGCGGAGGCGAGGUCUUCGUGGGCGCUGCUGCAGCUCAACGACUUCCUGCUAGCGUUAGCGCUGCAGGAACGCGGCCACACAGCCAAGAUCCUCGGUUUCUGCGGCGACCUCUACGUGACGGAGAAGGUACCCAACGCGCCGCUCUACGGUGUCAGGGCGCCGGCCUGGGCGCCGGCCUGGCUGCGCCGCGCCGCCGAUCACUGGUUCACCCCCGCCUGGCACCACAGAGCCAAGAUCUCCAUGGGACUCCUGGAACUGGUAGAGGAUCUGUUCCAUGGGGCCUUUGGCAGCUUCCUCAUGUGCGAUCUGAGCGCCGCCCACUUUGGGUACUCCGGGCGCUACGAUUUUAGGGUGGCCGACGCCCAGAACAUCGUCCCUCAAGCCACCUUCCAGGAAGCCAUCCGGCAGCAGAAGUGCGAAAGGGACACGGACUGCGUUUACGGCGUGGACUGUCUCACGUCCUGCGAUCUCACGAAGCGGCGAUGCACCCCCGAAGUGGCCGAGCCCAACCUAGUUAAGGCCUGCCGGGUCCUGGAAGACUACGUCUUGCAGGGCGCGCCCUCGGACAUCCGCGAGGAACUCGAGAAGCAACUGCACGCCUGCACGGCGCUGCGGGGAUCGGCGGAGCAGGCCGAGAUCCAACACUCGUUGGUUCUCAACAACCUCAAGACGUUGUUAUGGAAGAAGAUCUCACACAACAAAGACUCCUAACCAAAAGAUAUUGAUCGGAGGAUUUUAAUCUGGAUCAGGGUUUUGCCGGGCUUUCCGGGAGUCUAACCUUAUCCUAUGCAGAAUCAUAAUCAAAAAUAUUUCGUGGGAACUCUGAUCUGGAUCCAGAUGCCUCCUUUUGUACAGAUGCAUAUUUCAUUAUUUGGAUGCACAAACCCUGGGGGAUUUAAGGCGGUUUGGAGCUCAAGGAGCGCAUAUUUUAUGGAAUUUCUAACAUUUUGUGUCGUUCAGGUAGUCUUAUUUUAGCUAAACAUGUUGGACUUAUGUUAUUCUUGUUUUAAUUGACACGACUUUUAGGGGAUUUAUGGUACAGUAUUCUCAUAUUAAUA